AAGAAGAAGAAGAACAGCAGCAAGUAUUAUUGAUUGACCUCGAAAAACCUUUAUUUUCUUCCCUCUUCUUCAAUUUCCACCUAUAUUUAUUUACAGACUGCCUGCCCCCUUUAUCUAUCUAUCUAUCUCUCUUGUUUUGUAUCCCAUGCGAGCUUCAUUCUGAUCAGUAAUGGAAAUACCUCCAGCUGAAGAGUUACUUAAGAAGAUCCAAGAACUAGAAAUUGGUCAGUUUGAGCUUAAACAUGAACUGUCAAAGCUCGUUGUUUCCGCCGGUCCUAAAUCGAUUGCCAAUCAACAUCAUGGUGGCGGUGGGAGUCACCAGAGGCCUCAUUCACUCUCUCCGCAACGCUCUGGCUCGCCCAGGAGGAUUGAUGCUUCCGCUUGCAGGUUAGGAGGAGGUGCAGCGUCCUCGACUAAAGCUUCGACUUCUUAUCGGCAUUCAUCGCCUCUGCAGAGAGAGAGUCGGAUUAAGGAUCAACCUAUUACAGACGAACCCAGAGAUGUCUUUGGGCCGCCUGCUCCGCCGUUUACCAACAUGCAGUACCUGAACAUAUUGGAGUCAAUGAGCCAAGCGGUUCAUAUAUUUGAUCUCAACGGUCUUAUAAUUUACUGGAAUCGAUCAGCUGAAAACCUUUAUGGGUAUUCUUCGGCUGAAGCUGUGGGUCAGAAUUCUAUUGAGCUGCUUGUAGAUGUCCGAGAUCACUCUUUUGCUGAGAACAUCGUGAAUAGGGUGUCUAUGGGUGAGAGCUGGACUGGGCAAUUUCCUGUCAAGAACAAGAGAGGAGAUAGUUUUGUAGUUGUUGCUUCCAACACUCCAUACUAUGGUGAUGACAACCAUACUUGUGUUGGUAUUAUAUGUGUAACAAAUGAUUCGCGCCCUUAUCAAGAAAUGAUGUCUUCAAUCUCAUGUACCAAGAGUUUAGAGACAAAUCAGACCAUUAGCCGUCCACGGCUCCUUGCCUCAGCCAAACUUGGUAUUGAUCCUCUGCAGCCACUCCAAGUUGCAAUUGCUUCGAAAAUAUCUAAUUUGGCAUCCAAGGUUAGUAACAAGGUUAAGUUAAAAAUGAAAACUGGAGAUGGCAAUAUCUGUCAUGAAGGUGGGAGUGGUGAUAGUCAUCAUUCAGCAGAUCACAGCUUUGCAGAUUUAGGUUUAGGUUUAGCUGACCACAAAGAAGAUGCAAAUUCCAGUGGCGCAAGUACUCCAAGAGGUGACAGGAUUGCAUCUCCAUUUGGCGUGUUUUCACAGAUUGUACGUGAAGAACAGUCUAAGGAUUCUUCUGGUGAUGAAAGUGAAGGGAAAUCUGGGAUUCACAAGAUCAUUACAUCAAAAGCUGAAGCCUGGAUGGAUAAGAAAGGAUUAGCUUGGCCAUGGAAAGGGAAUGAUCAGGAAGGAUCAGAGAAUAAUAAAGGCACACGUUUUGGCUGGUCUUGGUUGCAUAAGGAUCAAGAGAAUGAACCUACAACAAGUCAUCAUAAGGGUUCUUUUUCUGGUGGUCCUGGAAAACAAGAAAAUCAAGUAAGUGAUGGUAAUAGGGCUGCCAACAAUGAAGCUCCCUCAGGGUCCUGGUCUUCGUCUUGCAAUGUUAACAGCAAUAGCAGUUCAAGUAGUCAUGGAAGUACCAGCAGUAGUACUGCUGUUAAUAAACCUGACAUGGAUGAUUGUUUGGAUUGUGAGAUACCCUGGGAGGACAUGAAAAUGGGAGAACAAAUUGGCCAGGGUUCUUGUGGAACAGUGUACCAUGGUAUGUGGUAUGGAUCGGAUGUUGCUGUCAAAGUAUUUUCCCAGCAGGACUAUUCAGAUGAUCUGAUACACUCCUUCAGACAAGAGGUGUCGCUCAUGAAAAGACUUAGGCAUCCAAAUGUUUUGCUCUUCAUGGGUGCGGUAACAUCACCUUCUCGUCUCUGCAUAGUCACAGAAUUUCUUCCUCGUGGAAGCUUGUUUCGAUUGCUGCAGAAGAAUACAGCAAAACUAGAUUGGAGGCGCCGUGUACACAUGGCUCUGGAUAUUGCACGAGGAAUGAAUUAUCUGCAUCAUUGCACUCCUCCCAUUAUUCAUCGAGAUUUAAAGUCUUCAAAUCUUCUAGUCGAUAGGAACUGGACUGUGAAGGUUGGCGACUUUGGUCUUUCGCGACUCAAAAAUGAAGCAUACCUUUUGUCAAAAACCGGGAAAGGGACACCCCAAUGGAUGGCUCCUGAGGUUCUUCGCAAUGAGCCAGCCGAUGAGAAGUCUGAUGUAUUCAGCUAUGGCGUUAUAUUAUGGGAGCUGGCCACUGAGAAAAUUCCUUGGGAUACUUUUAAUCAAAUGCAGGUGGUUGGAGCUGUAGGGUUCAUGGAUCAACGGUUGGAUAUACCAGAUGAUAUAGAUCCAGAAUGGGUUUCUAUAAUUGAGAGCUGCUGGCAGAGUGAGGCAAAAUCUCGUCCAUCGUUUCAAGAAUUGCUGGAUAAAUUUAAGGGUAUACAGAAACAAUCUAACAUCCAAUUACAGAAAGUGCGAGCAGAGCGAGCAGAGGCUAAAGAAAGCAGCGACCAAAAGGAGCAAGUGUAGACUGUAGAGUGCAUGCAUGCUCCUUGUUUGUUUCAUUUCAAGGUUCUCGGCCAGAACCAGACCUUCUAGCCGAGAACCGUUGACAAUUUUGCCCGGGGAGGAGGUAUAUAUUGGCGACAGAUUUGGGACAAUCAAAUUGCAUGUUUGCUUGGGAUUUUGGAGAUACAAGGAAACCAUGAAAGCUGGGGGGUUCUUUUUUUUGAAACAUAAAGGGAAUAAUAGGAACACAAGUACAAUUUAAUGUUGUUGUCUUUCUUACUUUAAACAUUUGUUAUAAGUUUUGUGUUAUGGGAGUUUGUUUGUUAAAUUGAUUGUACAUAAAAAUAAAAUUAAUAUUUUAAAUAAAAAUUUAUUAUUA